CAGCAUGUGGCUGAUCGCGAUGGGGCUGUGCACCGCCACGUUGCUUCUGAUCGGCAUUUCAGUCGCCGUACUGGUAUUCCAGAAGAACUUCGAAGGCACUCCCUCCAAACCGGAAGAGGUCGACUUCCCGGAGCUCGGCGGUUCUUCAGACAGUUCUCCGCCUGAUCCAGUGCCUAUUCGCAUGCCGCCGGCCACAUCGAGGAUACCGGCGCCUGUUGUGACUAAGACGCCCCGCGCAGUGCCAGCUAUGGGCUCCACACCGCCCACGAUGCGCCCCACAGCGCCCACAGCGCCCCCUGCUGAGCCCUCCACAGUGCCCACCGUUCGUCCCGCGGCGCCCACAAAGCGUCCCGCGGCGCGCACAAAGCGUCCCGCGGCGCCCACAAAGCGCCCCACAGCGCCCACAGAGACCCCUGAUACGACCACGGACACCCCUUAUACCACCACGGAAGGCCCCCUUGAUACAACCACGGAGACCCCUGACACACCGCCCAUACCCGAAGAAGGCAAGUCUAACUCGCCGCGGUAG